GCAGACUGAGUGUUGUCUCUCAGGAAACAUGUCCGACAAGCCUGUUUGUGUCCGAGAUUUUGAGCACCGUGCUAAAAGAGUCUUGCCAAAAGCAGUGUUUGAUUAUUAUUUCUCAGGAGCAGAUGAGCAGGAAUCUCUAGCUGAUAAUGUAGCUGCUUUCUCAAGGUGGUGCUUGUUCCCCCGUGUGCUGAAAGAUGUGUCCAGAGUGGACAUGUCCACCACAGUGUUGGGCCAGAAGCUCAACAUGCCGAUAUGUGUGGCAGCCACUGCCAUGCAGAGGAUGGCUCACCCUGAUGGAGAAACAGCUACUGCAAGAGCUUGCCUGUCUGCUGGUACAGGUAUGAUGCUGAGCUCCUGGGCCACCUCUACUAUAGAGGAGGUGGCUGAGGCAGCCCCGGGCGGCCUGCGCUGGAUGCAGCUGUACAUUUACAAAGACCGUGCUCUGACUCACUCUCUGGUCAGGAGGGCUGAAGAGGCUGGGUAUAAGGGUAUCUUUGUCACUGUGGACACACCUUAUCUUGGCAAGCGGCGUGAUGACGUGCGCAACCGCUUUAAGCUGCCCUCUCAUUUGAGGAUGGCCAAUUUUGAAUCCCCUGAUUUAGCGUUCUCCUCAAAGGAGGGCUAUGGGGAGGACAGCGGGCUGGCAGUGUAUGUGGCACAGGCCAUAGAUCCCUCGCUGAAGUGGGAGGACAUCGCCUGGCUGAAGCGAAUCACGUCCCUGCCCGUGGUGGUCAAAGGGGUUUUGAGAGCGGAAGAAGCCAAAGAAGCUCUGAAAUAUGGUGUUGAUGGGAUACUUGUGUCAAACCAUGGAGCAAGACAGCUUGAUGGUGUUCUAGCCACUAUUGAUGCUUUGCCUGAGAUCGUGGAGGCGGUGGACGGUCAGGUAGAGGUUUACCUGGAUGGAGGGAUACAGAAGGGUACAGACGUGCUGAAGGCUCUUGCACUGGGGGCGAAGGCCGUGUUUGUGGGGAGACCCAUCCUGUGGGGUCUGGCCUGUGAGGGAGAGAAAGGUGUCAGCGAUGUGCUCCAGCUGCUGCGAGAGGAGCUUCACCUUGCAUUAGCCCUUUCAGGAUGCCGUUCUUUGAAGGAAGUUGAUAGAACCCUUGUGAGAAGAUCUGGACACGUCUCAAGGAUCUGACGGUCUGGACAAAUUUAUCAUUAAAGUGUCAGGGCUUGGAAACUCUGGGUUUCAGUUAAAACACCAUCCAAGUUAAAUUGUUGCCAAAAAGUCAUUAGAAUGAUGUUGUUUAUUGCUUUUCAAAAUAAACUAGCGUCCAAUUGAACUGCAUUCUGUACAACAUCAAAUCACUUUCUCCUAAAUAAUUUCUGCAUAACUUUACAAUGAGAUAAAAAUGUGUGGAAUUGUGAAUAUAUAUAAUAUAUAAUGUUUUAUCCUAGUAAAUCAACCAAAAUAAAGGUGGAAUUAAUCCAAACUA